AUGUCCCUCACCAAGAAAAAAGAAGAUGAAAAGGAGAAAAAAUUCCUCGGCCGCCUUUCCUACAAACUCGACUAUGAUUUUGACAAAAAUGCAUUAACGGUCACGAUAAUCCAAGCCGAAGAGCUGCCAGCCAUGGAUUUGGGAGGGACAUCAGAUCCAUACGUGAAAAUCUUUUUGUUACCGGACAAGAAGAAGAAGUUCCAAACGAAGGUCCAGCGGAAAUCGUUGAAUCCGGUUUUUAAUGAGAGCUUUACGUUUAAGCUUCCCUACAACGAGGUGGCCGGACAAACACUCGUGCUCAACGUGUUUGAUUUUGAUCGAUUUGGAAAGCAUGACCAGAUAGGCCAAGUCUCAGUACCACUCGGCCGGAUAGAUCUGGCAACGACAAUUGAACAAACGAUGGCCAUCGAGAGUCCGCCGGAAAAUCGGCUUGGUGAGGUUUGCCUAGCGCUUCGAUAUGUGCCCAACAAGAACAAGUUGUCUGUAGUGGUGAUGGAAUGUAAAAAUUUGAAGAAAAUGGACGUGUUAGGAUUGUCGGAUCCCUAUGUGAAGAUCUAUUUAAUGAUGCAAAAUAAGCGGUUGGAAAAGAAGAAAACGACGAUCAAAAUGAAGACGCUGAAUCCGUACUACAACGAAUCGUUCAGUUUUGAUGUGCCGCCGGAGAAGAUGCAGAGGGUGCAUUUGCACGUGAUCGUUUCGGAUUAUGAUCGCGUUGGUUCGAAUGAGAGGAUUGGUCAGGUGCUCAUCGGGAACAACGCAAACGGUGUCGCCCUAAAACAAUGGCAAGACAUGCUGGCCACCCCGCGAAGAUCCGUCGCCCAAUGGCACACACUGCUCCCCUUCGGCGAUGAU